GGGCUUGCCACCACUCAUUUGACGCUCUCACUGACUCCAGCGGUCGAUGAUCCUUGCUGCCUUAGGACUUUCAUUUCCACGAUGACUUCAGAAUUCGGAGGGCGAGUUGGUCUGGGAUCUUACAUCAUUAUGUUAACCCCGCUGUUUUUCCUCUCCCUCUUGUUGUACAACGUAUCCAAUGGUUCUCCAUUUAUUAAUACACAAUGUGUUUAGCCUCGUGGUUUGCAUGGUUUAAAUCUUUCGACGAAAGAAGUAUCUGCUGUCGACAAUGAGUGACUUGGACUCUACUGUUGGUGUUUUGGAAAUCGGAAAUGUGGUUGCGACCUAUUUUUUCGGGAUCAUCACACUACAGACUUAUUUCUUCUUCCGAGCGUUUCCAAACGAUAAACCACUAGUCAAAACUGCGGUUGCUGCAGUUUUUGGCUUCGAGCUCGGACACACCGUCACCAGUCUGCACGCACUUUACAUAGUCACAGUGACCGACUUCGGCCAACCACAACUUAUCGUCAAACUCCCUGAUAGUAUUAACAUAACACUUCUCUUCGAAGGCAUGAUCACCAUUGUCGUUCAAGGUUUUUUCAUAACGCGGGUUCAACGGCUUUCAAAAGUACACAAGAUGAUCAUACGUUUUUUCUGGAUCUGUGCGGUACUGCGGUUUGCAGCGAGCGUCGCUCUUACUAUCUUCGGGAUACAGACUCAUAGCACAACAACCUACGUUGCCGACUGGUCGUGGCUUUUGACCACUCUUUUUGCGUUGGGCGCGUUUGUUGAUCUCGGUGUCGCUCUGGCUCUCUGUGUGUAUCUGUAUUCUCAACGCUCCACCUCUAUCGCCCGAACCACAAUUCUCUUGGAUCGUCUGAUUGCGUUCACAUUGACAACUGGUCUAUUGACGAGCAUCAUUUCUGUAGUCACUGUGCUUUGUUACGUUACCAUGCCGGACAACUCAGUCUGGAUUUUGAUGUACACAUUACUCGCAAAAUCAUAUUCUAACUCCAUGAUGGUUUCCCUUAAUUCUCGGUCGGCUGUGAAUCCAUCUUCUGGUUCCAACGUCAUAACUCUGGACAUCAGUAGAUCUGCUAACCAGGCCGUCCAUAGCUCCGAUAGACGAUCUAACUUUAGAUCAUCUCAUACCGAGUCGAACGAGAACGCGGGUGUUAGUGUCUCUCGGGUCGUUGAAACUAGAACUGACUCGGAUGAUAAUCUUUACACUACUAAAGGGAGAGAUGAAAUCUAA